GUCGUCAGCACCACUGGGGACCAUGGGAGGCAGCGCCAGGACACCUACUCUCACUGCCCUUCUCUGUCUCGGGUUUUGUCAGGGCCUGUGGAACCGGGUACAAGCAGGAGGCUCCCCCAAACCCUUCAUCUGGGCUGACCCCAGCCCAGUGGUCACCAACGGGAGCCCUGUGACCAUCUGGUGUCAGGGGUCUCUGCAGGCUGAUGUCUACCAUCUGUAUAAAUUGAGGGUCUCCAAACCCUUGAAAACAGAGGCCCCACAGGACUCCAGCAACAAGGCUGCUUUCUUCAUUGAAUCUAUGAGCACCCGAACUGCAGGACUAUAUCAGUGUGCAUAUAACACCCACAGGAAUGGCUGGUCAGAGCUCAGUGACACCCUGCCCCUGUUUGUGACAGGAGUGUACAGUGCACCCUCCCUCUCAUCCCACCCAGGCCCUGUGGUGGCAUCAGGAGAGAAUGUGUCCCUCUCCUGUAGCUCAGAGACCACCUUGGACACUUUCCAUCUGCUGAAGGAAGGAGGAGCUGACCCACCCACACGCAUGAAGUCAACGACCUAUCAUGGGAGGGGGCAGGCUGUCUUCCCUGUGGGCCCUGUGAAUACCUCUCAUGGGGGGACCUACAGAUGCUAUGUUUCUCCCAGCUUCAACUCCUAUGUGUGGUCACACCCCAGUGACCCAUUGUAUCUCAAGGUCACAGAUGUGUACAGGGAGCCCACCCUCUCAGCCCACCCUGGCUCGCUGGUGCUCUCUGGAGACAACCUGACUCUCUGGUGUCACUCCAAGACCAGCUUUGAUAGAUUCGCUCUAACCAAGCAUGAGGGGUUCACAGCCCCCGAUCGUCUUCAGGGGCAGCACAGCCCCGACUUCCCGGGCCAUGUGAAUCGCACCCAUGGGGGCCAGUAUAGAUGCUACGGAGGACACAACCUCUACUAUGCGUGGUUGGUCUCCAGCGCCCCCUUGGACAUCCUGAUUGCAGGAAUGUAUGAGAAACCCUCCCUCUCGGCCCAUCCAGGGCCUUCAGUGCCCUCAGGAGAGAACGUGACCCUGCAGUGUCGCUCUGAGAUCUGGCUGGAUACCUUCCACCUGUCCAAGGAGGGGUUACCUGCUCCUCCGCAGCACCUUCAUCUGUAGAACAGGGCUGCACCCUUUCAGGCCAACUUCACCAUCAGUCCUGUGACCUCAGAUCAUGAGGGGACCUACAGGUGCUAUGGUUCAAACAGCACCGCCCCCUACCUGUUGUCACUCCCCAGCGACCCCCUGGAUCUCCUGGUCUCAGGAGACUCUGAGGAUCAACUCUCCCCAAGGGAGUCAGCAACAAGGUGGGGUCUCAAAUGGUACUGGAAGGCUCUGAUAGGAGUCUCGGUGGCCUUCUUCCUGCUUCUCUCCCUCCUCCUCUUCCUCCUCAUCAGACGCUGGUGUCAGGGCAAACACAGGACGUCAGACUCUGUCCAUCUUGACCCAACCCAGAGACAGGCUGAUCUCCAACUCCCUGCAGGAGCUGCAGACCCAGAGCCCAAGGACAGAGGCCUGCAGAUCAGCUCCAGACCAGCUGCUGAGGCCCAGGAAGAGACCCUCUCAGAUGCUGCCAUGAAGGACACACAGCCUGAGGAGGGGGUGGAGCUGGACCAUCAGCAGGGCCCCCAUGAUGAAGACCCCCAGAGAGUGACAUAUGCCCAGGUGAACCGCUCAAGAUCAAGACUCAGGCGGGGAGUGGCAACCUCUCCUUCCCCCCUGUCAGAGGAAUCGCUGGACGUGAAGAGCAGACAAGCAGAAGAGGACGGACAGAUGGACAGACAGGCUGCUGCAUCUGAAGACCCCCAGGACGUGACCUACGCACAGCUGAACCACUUGACCCUUAGCUGGAAGACAACACCCCCUUCCUCCCAGUCAGAGGAUCCCCCAGCAGAGCCCAGCGUGUACGCUGCUCUGGCCAUCCACUAGCCCAGGAAGGACCCAGAUCCCCACCCUCCAGGGACGAACGCUGCAGGGACCCCAGAAGGCACAGGAGCUGCCCCAAUGGACACCUCCUAAUGACCCCCAGCAAGCCUGGACUCCUAACAUGGACCACAAGGAUCUUCUGGGACAAUUUGGGACUCACUUGGUUCUGUAGUCAAAGAUAACUAAUACCCCCACAUUUUGGAAAUAAAGCAACAGACUUCUCAGUAA